GUCUCUGAACAUUCAACGUAUACAACCACAUUUCCCUGUCCUUGUGAAUGUCUCUGGAGACAGUCCUUCUGCGUCCCCGACCUUUGGCAAGAACACCAGGAGAGCUCCUGCUGCUCCCAUUACUCCCAGUUCCAAAACCAGCAAAGCACAUUCCAGCAGAACUAUGGAUUGAAAUCCUUGGCCAUAGUCUCGCUCAAGAACACUCAUUCGAGUUCAAGGCAUGGGGAUGGUCACUUCUCCUCGUAUGCAAGACAUUCAGGGAAAUCGCGCUUCCUCUGAUAUACGCGCAUGUUCGUAUCGCAGAGUUGUCUUCACUUCAGAAAUUCUACGACAAACUCCAUGCAGCUGAUCAGAAAUGGGAUUCCAUUCGACGGAUACCGUACUCGACACCGGGUCGAUGGGUGCAAUCGCUUGACCUUUCCAACCUAAUCUUCGAAAGCCGAAGUCAAGCCCUCCAACUAGACUCUAUCCUAACGAGCCUAUUUCCCCUCACUCCCUGCCUCUCAAGCCUCUACAUCAACCCCUCCUUCAUUCUCAGUCGAAGAGCGCUCUACUCGCUGGCCGAGCGAGAUGGGGCUGCCAACCUUCGGUACAUCGGGGGACUGUCCUAUACGGCACCUCAAUCCCCCACGCCUCACAAUGACCCCUUUGUCCGACUCUUCCAAUGCUGCCCCAACCUCGAGCACGUCGAAAUCAUUGGUCAGGGUCUCGAACCCUUGGAUAACGACUACCCCCUGCACCCGGUGGUAUUGCCCCCGAUGGACGACUUCCAACCCUUGAAUCUCCCCAAGUUACGCGUGCUGUCUAUGCUCUCGAUGCACACCUCUCCUCUAAUGCUCGCCUUGCUCUACUCGCCCCUACCCGUGCUAAAGAAACUUACGCUCACACCUUGCGACGACUUACCCUUCCCUAACUCGCUAGUUUCGACUUUUAUUGCAACUCACGGAGAAACCCUGCGCUCGCUUCUGCUCUUCACGCCCAAGGCUUGGCCCACGCGCCUCGGACCUUCCCCAGAAAGCCUCCUCGACGAUGCGCCGAACUUGAGACAUCUUUCCCUCGAGAUGCCUCUGCCAACACUCUCGAUCUCCGAACCUCACCUGGAGCUGCAAAUACUGUCCAUCCCUCGGCCCAACGCGAGUUUCUGGCCCGUGUUGGAGAGGAUGCUGCCGUAUCUUCCCAACCUCGUCAUGGUCAGAGCCAGAGAUGUCCGGUGGUUGCGAAAGGGCAUCUCUUCUAUGGCUGUGGAGACGGGUGUGCAGGGCGAAAUGAGGGACUGGAAGAGGAGGCUUGCGAGAAGAAGAAUUCGACUGGUUGAUGGCGACUGGAACGAGGACUAA